AUUUGCAAGGAAGCUUUUAAAUAAAUACUGUCAAAAGUGCUCUUCUUCCUUGAAUAAUUCUUUGAAAAUGAAGUUCUUUUUCUUUUUUCUCUUGUUAGAUAUCCCCGGAGUGAGUGCUCUGCAGACGGUUAAGGAGUUUGGCAACAUUUUUCUGAGACUUGACUUCCCACCGGUUUAUAAGCAAAACAUCAAGUCGUGCUGUAAGGUUUAUACCAGCGGGUGUCAUGCUCUUCUGGACAGUACAGGAUACACCAAUAAUUUCUUAAGAGGAAGAGUGACGAAGAUUGAGACUAAGAGCUGGAUUGUGUUCAGCAUAUCAAGGGUUCGGAUUCUUGAUGGGGGCUACUACAGGUGUGCUGUGAUGGGUGCUCCCAGCUACAUAUAUGCAGAUUAUUCUUUUCAGGUGUCUGGUGCUUCAGCGGACCACAACCAGUCUAAGGUCCCGCUGUCAAAAACCGUUCAAUACCCCAACACGCCAACAAGUCCAGAGUCGACUGGUUCACAAGUAGCGCAGGACCACAGCGAUUCUCCCAUAACUGUCUGGACUUUUGGCCCACAAGUAGCUCUUGCUGUAUCCAUGAGCGUCAUCCUUGUUGUCGCCUCAGUAAUUGGAGCCGUUUGCUUCAGACUCAAGAUUAAGCCCAAACAUUUAGACAAGUGUGGAAAAUGUCUGCAUGAGUCACCCAAACAAGAGGCCACAGAGACGGCCGGUGUGAUCUACACUACCGUGGAUUUCUGUCAUCAGGACGAACCCGUUGAGCUGUAUGCUAAUGUGAAUAUACAAAAGGCACGCACAGGAGGCUCCCACUCCCACGGGAGGGCGGAGCAUGAUGGCGAGGUGGAGUACUCCAUAGUGGCACUCCACCAGUGAAAGUGCAGGGGUGUGUGAUCUCAACUGAUCUUGACGCCAUUUGGUUUGAACCCCUUACUUCUAGCAGGAGGCUCAUUGACCUGUUACCACCGUUUCGCAUUAUACAGUACAUUCUUCUUUUAUUAAUAUUGACCCUAUUGUCGUUUUAGCUAUACGGUAUUGUAUUGACCCGCCAGGACAACAUUCCUAUGUUGAAAUAAUUGUCAAAAUUCAAUAAGAUAUAGGAGGACCCUUAAAAUAAGAAAAUAAUUUUCAAUAUAAUAACAGUGUAAUAACAACUGGUAGUAGAUUGAGGCAAAAGUAUAAACACCGCUUAAGCAUCAUGAGAACUGUAGUUCUUUUAGGGUGACCAUAAAACUAAUCCGCUGCGAUCCGCAAUCUAUUUCAUGUGUCUUUUCAUAACGACCCGUCAACAUAAACGAUUAGUAGUAACAGCGACAACUGCUCUCAUCAUUUUGACUUUUAUCAUUUUUAGUUUUUGUUUAAAUUUGUACUAAAAACUUAGACGGUUAAAAGCAUCACGCUUAGGUCAUGCAUGCAAAGUUCUAAAACAUUUCAAAAUGUGUCUUCACUGUUUUGUGACUCAGUUUGUCUGUCUGUCGAGUCUGUUUGUCCAUUGCUAUAUUUUGUCAUUGUAGCUUUCUUAAUAUUAAUGUUAAAAUAUCAUCUUGUAUGCUUCCCGCGAAUCCAACAUCGUAUACAGUCAUCCCUCGUUUAUCACAGACCCAACCGCGAUAAGUGAAUUUUGCAAAGUGGGAUUCUAUAUUAAAUAUACAGAAUGUUUUUGUAGUUAGAGCAUGCAAAACCUCUUUGACAUUCAAAAUGUGUUUAUUACCAUUAUUAGAGCGCUGCAGACCUGAAAUAACACCCCUAUAGUCACCUUUACACUCCUAUUAUUCUUUGUUUACACUACAUUACACAGACAACAGGAUCAUUACAGGGACAUAAGAAACAGCCUUCGUUCAUAGCAUAUAGAAAGCUAACUAGUUUAUUUGUUCGAAACUUAAGAAAGUGUUUUAAAUGGAGUGGGGAAGUAAGCAGCCAAAAACAUAGCUCUUCCACACGGAAUGGGAGAAUAUACACUCAACAAAAAUAUAAACGCAACACUUUUAUUUUUGCUUCCAUUUUUUAUGAAAUGAACUCAAAGAUCUAAAACUUUUUCCACGUACACAAUAUCACCAUUUCUCUCAAAUAUUGUUCACAAAUCUGUCUAAAUCUGUGAUGGUGAGAACUUCUCCUUUGCUGAGAUAAUCCAUCCCACCUCACAGGCGUGCCAUAUCAAGAUGCUGAUUGGACACCAUGAUUAGUGCACAGGUGUGCCUUAGACUGCCCACAAUAAAAGGCCACUCUCACAUUUGUGAGAGAAAUGGUGAUAUUGUUUAUGUGGAAAAAGUUUUACAUCUUUGAGUUCAUCUAAAAAAAACAAAAGUGUUGCGUUUAUAUUUUUGUUGAGUGUAUAUAUCUACUAGUAGAAAUAUACAGUAUAAUACUCUCUUAUAUUCGGGUCAAAUGUAUAAAUUUCAGUUUCGGUUAAAUGGCUAUCAUCACACUUGUCCUUGCCACCACGGGUACCCAUCCGUGUUGGCAAAAAAACACAAAGAAAGCCAGGGAAAAAGCAAAACAAGUGUAGAGUUAAUGCUUUAAAUGAUUUUUUUUUUUACCAGAUUUUGCUGAUGUCUCGCAUCAAAGUUUUUAUGUGAGCUGUUACACAUACACCGUUUGUCCAGACAAUAAAUUUAUAGUAGAUUAUAAUGUUGUAGAUUAUGUUCAAAUUGACUGGGAUCAUUUAGAAUGGUGCAAACGUUUGUGUUUCAUCUAAAUUGUAAGAUAUGAAUAAUUUUUGAAAUGGAAAAAUACAUCUCUAGCACAACUUUGCCACUUUAUUGUGUGUCAUUUCCAGCCAGAAGAUGCCCAUUCAUCAAAUACAAAUCCACUUUAGCUCAGAAUUUGGGUGU